CUUAUCUCCUUCACGGGAAACACAACGCCGGCCCCGGAGCUGCAGCCCGGCGCUCAUUGGCUGGCCCGCGCGCCCCUCGGGCUGCAUAAUGAGCGAGGGGCCACCAGCUUCUGGCCGCAGCAGGUUUCCUGAAGCCUCCAGAGCGCCGGAGCCGCUUCUCUCCCCCGGAGGUGCAGCAUGUGGCCCGCGGUGCUCGGCAGCGCGCUCGCGGGGCUCCUGGCCCUGCUGCUGCUCCAGCGCGCGGCCUUCCCGUUCCUCUGGGCCGACCUGGCGUACCACCGGCGGCUGCGGCGCUGCGGCGCGGCGCUCAGGGCUCGCAUGCGCCGCGGGAUCGUCACGUACCUCGACGGCUUCCUGCACCGGGCGAAGGAGCGCCCGGACAAAGCCUUCAUCAUCUUCGAGGACCGCGCGCUGACGUACCGGGACGUGGACCGCAGGAGCAACCGGUUCGCCAACGCGUUCCGCACCGGGGAGCCCCCGGCCCCGGGACCAGGGGACGGGGGCUCCCCGGGACCAGGGGCCGUGGCCGCGCUGCUCAUGUCCAACGAGCCGGACUUCGUGUGCGCCUGGCUGGCGCUGAGCAAGCUGGGCCGCCAGGUGGCCUUCCUCAACGCCAACGUGAAAGCCACGGCGCUGCUGCACUGCGUGCGCAGCUGCGGGGCCACGACGCUGGUCGUCGGCGCAGAUUUGGUGCGCCUGGCGGAGGAGGUGCUGCCCGCCCUGGAGCAGGACGGCGUGGCCGUGUGGCUGGUCGACCACACGGCGCCUUCGCCGCAAUUCAUCACUUUACUGGAUAAGGCGGAUCGCAUGUCGGAAGAAAACCUCCACGACGUCCCCAAAGUGGACGUCACGUCCAACUUUCUCUUCAUCUUCACCUCCGGCACCACAGGUCUCUCCAAGGCGGCCCGGGUCGGCCACAUGAAAGCCAUCGUGAGCAUGGCCUUCCUCCACCUGUGCGGAGCCACGUCCGAUGACGUCAUCUACGUCACGCUUCCUCUGUACCACAUGUCCGCCUCCCUGUUGGGGAUCGGCGGAUGCAUCCACCUCGGUGCGACGUGUGUGUUGAAGAAGAAGUUUUCUGCCAGUCAGUUCUGGAAGGACUGCGUGAAGCACGACGUGACGGUGGUGCAGUACAUCGGGGAGCUCUGCCGGUACCUGUUCAACCAGCCCGCGGUUCCCGAGGAGAAGACCCACCGCGUUCGGCUGGCGGCGGGAAGCGGCCUCAGGUCGGACGUCUGGAGGGAGUUCGCCCGACGCUUCGGCCGCAUCAAGAUCAGAGAGGGCUACGGCUUGACGGAGGCCAGCAUCGGCUUCCUCAACUACACCGACGAGGUCGGCCCGAUCGGACGGGCGAGCUACUUCAACAAGCUCUCGAUGCCCUUCGAGCUUCUGAGAUACGAUCCACAGACGUACGAGCCGGUCCGCACCGACUCUGGAAGAUGCGUUCGAGCCGGCAUCGGGGAGGCCGGGAUCCUGGUAGCUCCUCUGACCGCCAUGAACCCGUUCUUGGGUUACGCCGGGAACCAAGUCCAGUCCGAGAAGAAGCUUCUCCGGGGCGUGUUUAAAGCCGGGGACGUCUACUUCAACACGGGGGACCUCCUGCUCCACGACCACAGGGACUUCCUUUACUUCCGGGACCGCAUCGGAGACACCUUCAGGUGGAAAGGAGAGAACGUGUCCACCACAGAGGUGUCCGAGGUGUUGGGUCUCCUCGAUUUCAUCCAGGAGGCCAACAUCUUCGGAGUCACCGUCCCAGGACAUGAAGGGCGGGCAGGCAUGGCCGCUGUCGUCUUAAAGCCGGAUCACAAAUUGGAUGGAGCAAACCUCUACAUCCAUCUCGUGAAAACCCUGCCUGCGUACGCCUGGCCGUGGUUCCUCAGAGUCCAGACCUCUCUGGAUGUGACGGAGACCUUCAAGCAGCAGAAGAUGAAGCUGGUCCAGGAGGGUUUCGACCCCGAGGUCACCGAGGACCUGCUGUACUUCCUGGACGUCUCUCAGAAGGACUACGUUCCCCUGACGGAGCGUCUGUAUCACGACAUCGUGGCCGGGAACGUCAGAUUAUAAACGCUCCCGUUUGUCACCGCGUUAAAAUAUCCUUGAUUUACAUUUUUCAUCCGGUCACAAUUUGAUUUAAAAAGAAAACUUUUGAUACUAUUCUGGGUAUUUGUUGCGUAAUACAAACACUAUAGUACAUAUAUAGUAUAGUAUAGUACAUAUAUAGUAUAGUAUGGUACAUAUAUACUAAAGUAUAGUAUAUAUACUAUAGUAUAUUACAUAUAUUCUAUAGUAUAGUACAUAUUUACUAUAGUAUAGUACAUAUAUUCUUUAUUAUACUCCAUAUGUUCUAUAUUAUAGUAUAUAUGUACUAUACUAUAGUAUAUAUGAACUAUAAUAUAGUACAUAAAUAAUAUAAUAUAGUAGCAGAGCCGUUAUUUUCUUUUCCCAGCAGGUAGGUGGGGAUGGAUACUUUUGUUUUUAAAGGUCGAAUUUUAAAUCUCGUUUGAAUUGAUUUUUUAAAAACAAAUAAGAAUCAAAGUAUCCCUGAAUGAACCUGUGAGUCACGGGGAACCCUGGCGUGUGACCGGUGAGGAGCUCACGAUGGGUUUUAAAGGACUAACAACCCCUAAAACAAGCAGACUCCAUGUAGUUUGUUGUUUUAUGAGGAUUUAAAUGUCUUUGGACCAAACCUGCGAAAGUAGAUUAUUACUCUUUACAUUUAUUUUGACCUCUUCAGAGAGAAGCAGGCUUUCUUUAUUUCUUAAUUUCAGGUCUUUAUUUCUAAGUAUCUCUGUUUGAUGAUAUGUACAUCAGUCGUGACCUUCUCACCACUCUGAUGCUCUCACUUUCUCUUUUUAAAUAGAAAAGUUUUAAUAAUCCAUAAUCCAGCCUGCUGAACAGUUUGUAUUUUUAUGGAUAUUCUGAUUUUAAAAGUUACUUUUUUGUUUGUGGUUCUGGGCCGUUGUCAUAUAUACAUAAGUAUAAAUAUGCAUCUUUGUUGGGUCCAAUCUGUCUGUGAGGACAAGAAGAGUCGGGGUGUUUUGCUAAUAACCGGGAUAUUUAAAGAAAUUAAAUAUUGAUUAUAUGUUAAUAAUACACAUUAUAAUAUCGUAGUAUUUUAUUUGUAUCCAGCCAGUGCCUCUAGCCGUCUGGUUACAGACUCCACCUCCAUAGACUUGUAUUUUGAUUUUAAUUAAUUUAUGCAAAUGAAAAACAUUUUGCUAAAAACAAAACAAAAUUCAUAAUAAACAAAGUAAAAGAUUUUGACGGAUAGCGUUAUUUUUCAUAUUUCUUUUACAAAUCGGGAUAAUAUCGUUAUCUUGAAUUAUUUUGGUCACAAUAAUUGGAAAAUCUGAUAUUGUGAGGUGAGGACGACACGACUGGAACUCAUGCUACUUGCCUCUUUAAUGCCUACGGGGAGUCAUGUUGUCUUAAAUAUAAAGAAGCGUAAGGUUGAAUUAAAUCUAAGUAGAAGGAAAUGGAAGAACACAAAAGUAAACUGUUCUCCAGAAGCUUCUCUAGGAGCAUCACAGCAGUCUCAGGUUCAACUUUGAAACGUCAUUAACAUAAAUCACUGUACGCACCACAACGUUGAUGCGCUCCAACCUGGUGGAAAGUUGUUUUCCGUUUUUUGGAGGGGAAUAUUUUAUAUCUAACACUCUUGAAAAUAACCUUCAUUGACCUUUAAUGAAUGAAGGGAUGAAUGAGUUCCUGAUGCAACUGUAAAGGCUAACCUCAACCUCUUAAUACCUUUGCAUAUUUGUUGAAAGAACAGAUACUUAUAAUUCUAAUAUUUUUCUAAUUGUAUCUAUAUGUAGAUUGAUUGCUUUAUAAUGUUUUAAAUGUUGACAAGAACAAAAUAAACUUCUAAACCUGGAA